AUGGACCGCGGCGGCCUCCUGCCCUUCCAGCUAUGGUGCCCCCGGCCCUUUGGCACCUACUCACAGAACCAGCCACGCCCACCCUCCGCAGCCCUCAAGCCAGCAGCCUGCCCAGAGCCAGGCAGCGGAGUGGAGCCAGACCACGAGCCUGCGCUGUCAGAGAACACGCCUCCCAUCUCGGCCCCGGAGGCCCCAGCGCCCCAGCCCGCUCCGCUCCUCUCGGCGGCCGCUGCCGGUGACGAGGGCCGAGUCCUGCUGGACACGUGGUACGUGAUCAAGCCCGGGAACACGAAGGAGAAGGUGGCCUUCUUUGUGGCCCACCAGUGCGGUGGGGGCAGCCGGGCCAGCUCCAUGAAGGUCAAGGGGCACUGGGGCAGCGACAGCUCCAAGGCCAAGCGGCGGAGGCGCUGCCUGGAGCCCACCAAGGCCCCGCCCGACCCAGGGGGCCGGGAGGGGCUUCCUGCUGCUGAGGGGGCCCCAGGCUCGGCCCCUGAGGACAUGGACCUGCUCUCUGUGGCCGAGAUGGUGGCCCUGGUGGAGCAGCGAGCCGCCCUCGCCCUGCAGAACUACCCGCGCCCGGGGACCCCGGCACCCGUGGUCUUCGUGUCGGCUGAGCAGGGCGGGCCAGCCAAAGGGCUGGGGCCGGAACGGCGGCCCGGCAGCGGGGACUGCAGCCGCGUGGCCGAGGCGGUGGCCCACUUUGAGGCCCAGCGCGACAGCCCUCCGGCCAAGGGCCUCCGCAAGGAGGAGCGGCCCGGCCCGGGCCCCGGGGAGGUGCGCAUCGCCUUCCGCAUCUCCAACGGCCGCGAGCCCCGGGCGCCGGACGGCAGCUUAACCAGCGGCGGUGGGGGCCGGCCCGGCUGUGCCGCCUACCCGGGCAGCCCAGGUCCCGGAGCCCGGGCCAAGGACAAGAUCACCUGCGACCUGUACCAGCUCAUCAGCCCCUCGAGGGACGCCCUGCCCAGCAACGUGGAGUUCCUGCCGGGCCCGGACGAUGGCGAGGGCGCGCCGGACACCUCGCUGUGCCGCCUCUACCGGCACGUGUCGCACGACUUCCUGGAGAUCCGCUUCAAGAUCCAGCGCUUGCUGGAGCCGCGCCAGUACAUGCUGCUGCUUCCGGAGCACGUGCUGGUCAAGAUCUUCAGCUUCCUGCCCACCCGGGCCCUGGCGGCCCUCAAGUGCACCUGCCACCACUUCAAGGGCAUCAUCGAGGCGUUCGGCGUGCGCGCCACCGACUCGCGCUGGAGCCGCGACCCCCUGUACCGCGACGACCCCUGCAAGCAGUGCCGCAAGAGGUACGAGAAGGGGGACGUGUCGCUGUGCCGCUGGCACCCCAAGCCCUACCACCACGACCUGCCUUACGGACGCUCCUACUGGAUGUGCUGCCGUCGGGCCGACCGCGAGACGCCCGGCUGCCGCCUCGGCCUGCACGAUAACAACUGGGUGCUGCCCUGUAACGGGCCGGCGGGGGGCCGGGCCGGCCGAGAGGAGGGCAGGUGAAGGCGGGGGACCGGCGGGCAGAGCCUGCCACCGCCACCCCCACCCCCAUCCCCUCCUACUGGGAGCGGAGAGCCAGGACUCUCAGACCAGGGAGCAUGGGUUCCCCUCCGGAGCCGAGAUUGGGGUUCAGGGAGUGACCCCAGCAAGCACUAG